AAUUGAGUGGACAAUGCCCCUUAACUACGUCGCUGAUUGUCGAAAAAAUACGUUUAGGUACUAAAGUACCCAUAUUGCUGUAAGUAGGUGAAAGAUUCUAAUUAUUGUUACACGCGCUUUUUUAUAACUUUUAUCGCACAUUAUAUGUACCUAGGUGGGGGCCGCCAGAUCAUUUGGAAAAUUUAUAUGCACAUAAGGACAGAGAUAGGUACCAGUUUAUAAAAAGAUACGGCUUGACCGGUGGGUUUCACUUUAGACUAAAAUUAACAACGGAUGCAACCAUAUUACAAGUACAUUCUGCAGAUACCUACCUACUUAUCUUUUUACAGUAUUUAUGAUGAACUGUCUACCGUUCCUUUUAGUAAUCCUUCAUUUAACAAAGACACAAAACACUAACCCUGCGUGGACAUGGACCUGCAAAAAUAACAACUGUGAAAAGACUCGUGCCCAACCAGCCAGCAAACCUAUUAGCUUGGCGGCUUGUAAAAUAUCAUGCGAUCCGUAUGGAACACUGUGGCCGAAGCCCACGGGAAGGGUUGAACUUGGAGGGCAACUAGUGCCGAUUAAUCCGAACGACAUCGAGGUAAUCGAAAAUGGGAACGAAAAUCAAUUGGUUCGAGCGGGAUAUAGACAUUUUCAAAUGAACUUGCAAAAACUGGUGGAGCCCGAAAACGAAAACGGGGAGAGCGCGCAUUUAAUUGUGACGCUUUUCAUCAAACGUCCUCAUGAAACGCAACUUAAAUUAACUACCGAUGAAAGUUACAGUUUGAAGAUCUCAGAAUUGCCCUCUGGCGAAAUUAGUGCAAACAUCACUGCACCGACAUACUUCGGGGGGCGGCAUGGAUUGGAAACGCUCGGACAACUGAUCAUUUUUGACGACAUCGAAAACAGUUUGCGAAUCCCCAGCGAUGUCUAUAUCACUGAUAAACCCGUAUAUCCGUAUCGAGGAAUACUGUUAGAUACGAGCCGAAAUUAUAUCUCCGUCGACACCAUUAAGCGCACAAUUGACGGAAUGUCCGCCUCCAAGCUGAACACAUUCCAUUGGCACAUCACCGACAGCCAUAGUUUUCCUUAUGUUUCACAAUCAAACCCGAAUUUAUCAAAAUUAGGCGCCUACUCGCCGAAACACGUCUACACUCCAGAAGACGUGGAAGAAGUCAUGGAAUACGCUCACGAGCGAGGUGUAAGAGUUUUGCCCGAAUUUGACGCACCUGCACAUGUAGGUGAAGGAUGGCAGGAUACAGAUUUCGUCACCUGUUUUAAUUACCAACCGUGGAAUAAGUAUUGUGUAGAACCUCCAUGCGGACAGUUUGAUCCGACGAAACCUAAACUGUACGAUGCCUUGGAAGGUAUCUACAAGGAUAUGAUUCGGCAGUUUAAUCCAGAUAUCUUUCACAUGGGAGGAGACGAAGUUUCCAUAGCCUGUUGGAAUUCGACACCUAGCAUCGUACAAUGGAUGGAAAAGCAAGGAUGGGGUAGAGAAGAGGAAGAUUUUAUGAAAUUGUGGAAUUAUUUUCAAACCAACGCGUUGGAAAGAUUCGACAUGCAAUCCAAAGAAAAAAUGCCCAUUAUAAUGUGGACGAGCGGAUUGACCAAAGCGAAGUUUGUGGAACAAUAUUUGCCUAAGGAUCGUUAUAUUAUUCAAAUUUGGACGGCGGGAAACGAUCCGGAAGUCUCUCAGUUAUUGGACAAAGGAUAUAGACUAAUAUUGAGCAACUACGACGCCCUGUAUUUAGACUGUGGUUAUGCCAGUUGGGUAGGCGACGGUGACAAUUGGUGUUCUCCGUACAAGGGAUGGCAACAGAUAUACAAUAAUAGUCCAGCUUCUUACGGAAAUACGAACCAAUUCCUAGGCGCCGAGGCAGCUUUGUGGACUGAACAAGCUGACGAUACCUCCGUUGACAAUCGUUUAUGGCCAAGGGCGGCAGCUUUAGCAGAACGCCUUUGGGCAGAACCUGCUAGUUCAUGGAGAGCGGCGGAAAAUCGCAUGUUAAUCCAACGCGAAAGGCUAGUGAACCGCGGGAUAGCGGCAGAUGCUUUGCAACCUCGCUGGUGUAGUCAAAAUGAAAAUAAUUGCCCAUCAUAAAACAUUUUGCUUUAAUUAUAGCCUCUCUCAACCGCGUAAUAAUCGUUGUUCUCAUUCCCUUUUGUUGCAGUCAUCGUGAUUACAUUGGUUUUACACUACAAGCUGCUUGGAGUAUAAUGUGCAUGUUCUAGCUACCUAAUUAUACGUUACUUAUAUUUGA